CUGUUGACUCUUUUGAAUUAAGGUAUCUAAGAUACCGAUACUUUAACUAAAAUCGUUUUGGCGCGCCAAAUAUAUAUUUUUAAUAUUUAGUUAAAACGAAGUAAUGGCAUCAGUAUAUCGAAAAGGUGCUCUUAUGGCUGCAAAUAAAAAAAAAGGCCUGAAGCCAGAAUUAACUGAAGAGCAAAAACAAGAAAUCCGAGAAGCUUUUGAUUUAUUUGAUACAGAAGGAUCAGGAAAAAUUGAUGCCAAAGAGUUAAAGGUAGCAAUGAGAGCACUUGGAUUUGAACCAAAAAAAGAUGAAAUAAAAAAGAUGAUAUCUGAUAUUGAUAAAGAUGGUACAGGAACUAUAGAUUUCAAUGAAUUUUUGCAAAUGAUGACAUCCAAAAUGAGUGAAAAAGAUUCAAAAGAAGAAAUAUUAAAAGCUUUUCGGCUAUUUGAUGAUGAUAAUACGGGAAAAAUUUCAUUUAAAAAUCUAAAACGUGUUGCAAAAGAACUAGGAGAGAAUUUAACUGACGAGGAAUUACAAGAAAUGAUAGAUGAAGCUGAUCGUGACGGUGACGGUGAAAUUAACGAAGCGGAAUUUUUGAGAGUUAUGAAAAAAACAAGUCUGUAUUAAAAAUCAUGCUGUUUUGCAUUAUUUUAAAAUAUCUGCUAUUUAAUAUAUAUUUAGUUUCUUUUAUUUGUAUAUAAUUAUUGUUUUUGUUAAAUAUUUGAUUUACCGUUCUAUUGAAAUAUAUUUUUACAGAUAC